AUGACAGUUCUAACAAUCCAAAUUGGGCAGUGUGGAAAUCAACUGGGUUUUGAAUUUUUUGACAUAAUUUACAAUUAUAUAAAUUCAUCAAAAAAUGAAAAUUUUAAAAAUAUGUUAAUUGAUAUGUAUUUUGAUGAAGAAUAUAAAUAUAAUAAUAAUAUUUUCCCAAUUAUUGAAUAUGAAGAAAAUAAAAGUAGAAAAGGUUUUAUGAAUGAACAAAAUAAUAUUGUUUGUUUAAAUAAUUAUGUAGCUAGAUGUAUUUUAAUUGAUAUGGAACCAAAGGUAAUUGAAAAAUGUUUACAUUCAAAUUUAUUAGAAAAAAAUGUAAAUGAUAAUUAUAGUAAUAAAAAAAAAAAAAAACAUUAUAAUGAAGAAAAAAAUAAUGAUGAUGACAAAAAUCAAAAAUAUGUGUGUGGUUUAGAUGAAUAUUACGAGCCAACAAAUAAUUUUUUAAAAGUUUUUAAUAAAAAUGGAAAAAAAGGAAUCGAUGAGCAACAUAAUUGGAAUGACAAAAAUGUAUAUGAUAACAGCUAUUCAGAUGAAAAUAUAAAAAAUAAAGUUAAAAAAAGAUCUAAUGAUUAUUUUACUAAUGAAUGGAAAUAUAAUAAUAAUAAUUUUAUUUAUGGCCUUAACGGUUCAGGUAAUAAUUGGUCAUAUGGGUUUAAUGUUCAUGCAAAAAAUAUAUGUGAACAUUUUUUAAACUUAAUUAAUAAAGAAUUAGAAAAAAAUGAAUCGAAAGAAAAUAUUGAUAAUAUAUUGUUAUUUCAUAGUUUAGCUGGUGGUAGUGGAAGUGGUAUUAGUUCAUAUAUUUCAUAUUUGUUAAAAGAUGAAUUUCCAAAAAUAAAUUUGUUUAAUAUCUGUGUUUUACCUUACAUGUUUGGUGAAAUUAGUGUACAAAGUUUAAAUUCUGUUUUAUGUUUAUCUUCUCUUUACGAUGUGUCUGAUUGUUUAAUACUAUUUGAAAACGACAAAUUUGAAUUAAUGUGUAAAAGAAUUAAUAAUGAAAAUAUUAAUACUAAUGAAAUUAACAAGUAUAUUAGCUUAUUUUUAGCUUCGACAAUUGGAUUACCUAUAGAUUUUACUAAUUUAAAAAAUGGAAAUAAUUAUAAAUAUUCGAACUUUAUGAAUUAUAUUUUAUCAGAUUUAUGCUGUCAUCCUAAUUAUAAAUUAUUAUCAACUCGCUAUUUACCUCAAGUUUUUAAGGAAAAUAUGAAAUUUGAACAAAAUUCUUUUAAUAUGUUAUUAAAAAGAAUGCAUAAAAUGGUAAUUAAAGGUAGCAUUUUAGACUCAGAUGUUACGAAUACUAAAAGUUCUAUAACAGAAUGUUCUAAUUUAGAUAAUUAUUUUGCUCAUUUGUCUUCUAGAAGUAUAAAUAAUAAAAAACUUUUUUCUAAGAAUAUCAAUAUUCCUAUAUAUUUAAAUGAAUCUAUUAGUAACUCUUAUGUAAAUCAUGAAUGUAAUUCAAUAUUUUUAAAAAGAAAUCAAAAAAAUUAUUCCUCUAAAAAGCAAACAUAUCAUCAUUUAAAAAAUCCUACAGAAAUUGUUCCAUCUAGCAAUUUUAUUCAUAACAAUGUUAUUUUUAGCUCGAAAAUGAUAAUGAGAGGAGAAGUUAAUGAAAAUAUUAAUUUUGAUUUAUUUAAAAAUCAUGUAUUGUAUAAUAAUAAAUCUCUUAAUCCUAUGGAAAUAUAUAUUGAUGAAAAUAAACAAUUUAAUUAUAAUAGUAUAUCUAUGAUAUCAAAUUGUCUUACACCAAUUCCAGCCAUAAAGAAAUUUUUGCAAAAUGCUAAAAUGUUAUAUUCUGCAAAUGCUUACAUUUAUCAGUAUAAUAAUUAUGGUGUAACUCAUGAUCAAAUUCAUAAUUCAUUAAUGGCAGUAGAACAAAUUAUAAACUCUUAUGAAAAUUUAUCAAGUGAAUAA